UCAAUUCCUUUUCAUUUUCUCCUCUUCUAAAACUCUGAUCUAUUCAACCACAGACAAGCUCUGAACAAACGUUUAACUUCUCGAUUCUGUUUUCAAGAGAUAUUCUCAUCUUGUCUGUGAAUUUGAGCUUUGAGAUCCAUGUCAACAGUAGCAGCAGUGGAAGUCGAAUCAACUGCAGGAGCAGAAAGUUCCUCUUACGAAAAAGCCAACUUGCAAACAGAAGGAAAUUUUAGAGGAAGAGUAGAUUUGAUGGCAGAUUUACAGAAUUUUCGGUUUCAAAACAACUCGUCUACUAUUCCAUCAUUGGAGCUAGCAGAGACACUAUUUAAGAAGGGUAUCGAUGCUCUUCAAUCACAUAAGUAUCAAGAUGGAGUUAGGUUUUUCGACAGAGCUCUGAGAAUCAGGGUUCAACAUUAUGGAUGGCUUGCUCAUGAAUGUGGAACGACAUAUCUGGAAUAUGGGCGCGCACUCUAUUCUAAUGCGACUGUGCAUUCUAUCUCACAAAUGUAUGAUGAUAGUGAGUCUUUGAAUGAUGAAUCAGAAGAUGAAGAAGAAGAUAACGAUGAAUCUUCAAAUUUCAGUGGUUCUUCUCUUGCUGAUACUGAAACUUCUUCUGCUCCUGCUAGUACCGAUGAAAGGAAAGACAUAUCUAACAUGGAAGAGAAAAAGGCUGAAGGAUCAGAAGCCCCUGCUAUUGACGAUGCAUCUUCAGAUAAUGAAGGACUUCAUUGUCGUCAUUGUGAAUUCGAAAUGGAAGAGGAAGACAAGGAUUUAGAUUUGGCAUGGAAAAUGCUGAACAUCGCGCGAAGGAUUUUUGAGAAAGAUAAAAAAGCUAAUUAUCUUUACAUAGCAGAUUGUAGUAGGAUUCUGGGAGAUAUCUCUCUGGAAAGGGAGGAUUUGGAAAGCUUUUUGAAAAAUUAUACCAAGGUUGUCACUAUUUUUGAGGGAACCAGGAAUCCUGAUGGUCCCCACAUAGCAUUAUUACUCUGUAAUAUGUCUUUGGCAUUGACCUCUCAGGGGAGAGUUGCAGAAACUCUCAACUAUCGCAGGAGGGCUGUUAGAGUGAUUAAAUCUUGGUUGUACAGAGUUGAGAAUGGAGUUCAAAGAAUUGAAGCUGAAUUACCGGUUAGAGCUUAUGAUAGUGCACCAGCUACGCCUAAAAAUCUUGCAUUCACAGCUCAUGAAAAACAGAAAAUCAUUCAAUUAAAAGGGGAGGACUCCAACCCGCCAUUCCCUACAGCUUUGCACUGCUUUAGUCCUUUCUUCAAGUUCAAACUUUGA